AUGGCGGGGUUGAUGAUCUUCGCGUGUGAAUGUGGUACGGAAUGUAAAAUGGUUACUUGGUGUUAUUGUUGUCCAUGGUGCUGUGGAAAAUGUAUGAAUGGAGGGGGUUGCAGAGCAUGUAAGGCACAUUACAUUAAGCGCACUACAGGCCAGUGGACUAACGAUUGCUAUAAUUUGAUAUGUGAAAAACAAUGUAGGGGCAAGGAGAAGACAUGUCCAUGUAAAUGUUGUAGAGAGAAAUGUGCACGUAGAGAAAUUCCCGCCUGCAGUGCCGCCUCUUCCCCUGAUGCCGUCUCCUCCCCCGGUUCCCCCGGUUCCCCCGGUCCCGCAACUCCGCCCCGUGCUCAGCAUAACUCCGCCACUCAACAGCAUACCACCGGUUCCUCUUCCCCCGCCGUCCUCCCCAUCAUCAUCGCCGCCGUCGCCCUCAUCAUCGUCGUCAUCUGCGUCAUGAUCUACUUCCGCAUCCGGCCGUUCCACAGGGUGCGGUAUCUACUGCGCAGCUAA